AUGGCGCGAGAAAAACCAGUGCCGCCGCCCCAGGCGCGCGUCGACGACGAGAACAAGCUGCGCAGGACGGCGCCGCCCUUCCUGCACAAGGUCGGCUACGCGGCGCACAUGUACGGCCUGCAGGCGAUGCUGGCCCUGCCGCUCUACCUGCGCGGAUGGAAGGAGCAUUUCUACCCUCCCGAGAACGGCCCCAGUAUCGUCAAGACGUAUGACGUUCGACCGGCCCUACCCGUCCGCAUCUUCUUCCCCGCGUCCUUUGACCUCACCUCGCCGCAGCAGCUGCCGACGCUGUUCACCAUCCACGGCGGCGGGUGGUGCAUCGGCGUCUCGCGCGACGACGACGAGUGGAACCGCGCCUUCGCCGACGCCCACUCGGCCCUCGUCAUCUCGCUCGAGUACGCCAAGGCGCCCUGGUCGCCCUUCCCGACGGCGGUGCACGACCUCGAGGCGCUCUUCCACGCCGUCCUGGCCGACGAGUCGCUGCCCAUCGCCCGCUCGCCCUCGCGCGUCGCCCUGCUCGGCUUCUCGGCGGGCGGCAACCUCGCGCUGGCGCUGGCGCAGCUGCCGAGCGUGUCCGGCGCGGCGGGUGGCGCCCCGCAGGCGGCCGUCUCGGUGUACGGCUGCCUGGACCUGGCGCGCAGCCCCUGGGCCAAGAUGCACAACCGGUUCUACAAGGUCGCGCUGCCGCCGCCGCGCAACCACAUCGAGGACCCCCUCGCGCGGCUCUGCCCGAGCUUCGACUGGAGCUACAUCCCCUACGGGCACGACCUGCGCGACCCGCUGCUGAGCCCGGCGUUUGCCGAGCGCGAGGGCCUGCCGCGGCACGUGUGCCUCGUCGGUGCGGAGCUCGACAUGCUCGCGCACGAGAGCUGGCGGAGCGCCGUGCGCUGGGCCAACGAGGUGCGCGGCGGGCCGUCCCGGACCCGGCCCGUGCCGGACCCGGACAUCAAGGAGGACAAGGUGCGCAAGGUGGGGAAGCGGGCGAGCAGCAAGCGCAAGGGGGAGCUGGAGCCGCCGGGCGACGACAGGUACGACUUUGAGGAGUGGGACGAGGACGGCGCCGGCAGCGUCAAGUGGCUGCUGGUCCCGGACGUGCUGCACGCGUUCGACAACCCGGGGAUGCGGAAUGUCAUGGGCGGCGAGGAGACGAUGCAGGAUGCCGAGAUGAAGACGGUGGCGUACCAGGCCGAGGUGGCGGGCUGGCUGUACCGUGAAUAUCAAUAUGAGCCCCUCCACGGGUUGAACCACAUCCGGCUCCUCGAGCUGCUGCCCGGCUCGGAGGGAGACCCAAUCUCGGUCAUUCUCCACGAGCAUUCUCUAUCCGACGACGCAGGAUACGAGGCCAUAUCGUACGUCUGGGGCGACCCUGCCGCAAGGAAGGAGAUCAACUGCGGCCGAGGCACCCUCCAGGUCACUGUGAACCUCCACGAUGCCCUGUCUCACUUCCGCUGGCCAGACCGGGCCCGCAUGCUCUGGUCCGACGCCGCCUGCAUCAACCAGCAGGACCUCGACGAGCGAGCCUCUCAGGUGCAGCUGAUGCAUCUCAUCUACCAAAAUGCGAGCCGCUGCCUCGUCUGGCUCGGCCCCUCGGACGCCGAUUCUGCGGCAGCGGUGCCCCUCAUUGCCGACAUGACCGCCAUCGUCGCGCGGCGCCUCGGCGUAGACCUGGACCAGCUGGACGAGCAGCUGGAACGCCAGGGUCGCGAUAUGUUCCUCGCCAAGCGGGUCGGCUUCGAGGGUCUCCCGGAGAAAACCGACCCGAUCUGGGCCUCGCUCAUGCGCUUCUUCGCCCGCAAGUGGUUCAGCCGCGUCUGGGUCAUCCAAGAGGUCAACUUCGCGCGCUCCGUCCUGUUCUACUGCGGCGCGGACUGCAUGUCCUGGGCGGCCCUGUUCCACGUGUCCGACUGGAUCAUGACCAACUCGGGAUCCCUCCGCUGGCAUGAUAUCAUGACAAGGCAGCCGCAUGAUCUCGCUUCUCUGAUGACCAGGCGCUCUGGCAACCUCAUGGACAUGCGCCGCGAUGGCUUCAACAAGGACAAAUUGGAGGUCGACCAGCUACUCGACUACGGCAAGGCGUUCGACGCGACGGACCUGCGAGACAAGGUCUUUGCGAUGAUGAACUUCAACGCAUUCCGCAGGGCGAUCCCGGACAUGGUGGCUGAUUACACGCUCUCCGUGGCGCAGGUGUACACGGAGACAACAAUGGCGGCCAUACGGGGCCAGAAGAACCUACGAAUCCUGUUGACCGUUGAACACGAUCCGGACAAACCGGAAUCCGAGUUCCCAUCGUGGGUGCCGCGUUGGCAUAGACCCGACUCGAAUAGAAGCAUCUCCGCCUUGCUCAGCCAGGACAACACAGCCAGUGCCGACGAGUCCCUGCCCCUCGACCAAGUGAAGGUCCUGCAGCCGGGGCCUGUCCUGCAGCUCCCGGGCCUGGUCGUCGACGUUGUCCAAGACUUGUGCGACAUCCACCAGCCUUUGAUCCUCAACACCGGUGUAUUUUCUCGCCAUGCCUUCCGCCCGCACAAGCCCUGGGCGCGCUACCGCUACCACGACCCCGAGGACCCAGCCAGCAGGCCCGUCGAGGGCGCGCCCUACCAGACCAAACCCGAUAUCGUCGAGGCCUACGCCCUCGUGCUUACGGGCGGGUACCGCGAGCACGACAACGUCUUCGCCAUCGGCUGUGGCGGGCACCCGAACUUGGUCGCCGCCAACCGCGUCGAGUUUGUGGCCUGGCUGUCGCGGCUGCGGGCCAUCGAGGCGCUCUUCCCGGAGUACGUGCCGCCCGGCCUCUACUCGCCGACGCAGCCCGGCUUUGGCGACCUAUACGGGGACCAGAUCCCGGACUGGUCGGCGCACUGGGAGCGGAUGAUACGGGUUUAUCUCCUCGGCCGGAUGCUGUUCCGGACUCGGAGAGGGUAUCUGGGUCUUGGUACGAGGGGCUUGAUGGAAGGUGACCUGGUCUGCGUGCUCUUUGGCGGAAACGUGCCGUUUGUGCUGAGGAAGGUCGGCGCAGGAGAGGUUGUGGAUAAUGGGGAGGAGAGAUAUGCGCUGGUGGGAAAUGCAUAUGUCCAUGGGAUCAUGGAGGGACAGGUGGUGAAGGAGUGGAAGGAAGGGAAACGUGAGCGUCGGAUAUUCAAUUUGGUUUAA